GCAGAAGUGGAAGCUGGCAUUAGAGUUGAAGAGAGGAAUCAAACAUUACCUGAAAAGCAAAUGAUGGGUAUGGCAGCCAUCCGUCAUUCCUUACAACGUGACGUUUUUCAACCCAAUGAUGAAAGAAUAGUUGGUGUGGUGAGUGUAGCUAAAUCCAGUAAGAAAAAGAAAACCAGCUUCCUGUGUGCUGUAGUAAGUGCUGAAAGGCCUGUUCAUGCAUCGAUUUGUCAAGUGAAAAAGUCAGAUAAAGAUGUGUAUAAAAAACGAGCUACAUGGCCUUUACGUGAAUUAAAGAUGGUGGAUGGGAAAGAUGAAAGAAAGAAUACAGCAGACUUUGAUCUUCAUCUGGAGAAAGUAUAUAAGUGGACAGCCAGUAAUGUGGCAGAAAAGUUAGCCUUCAUCAGCUGCUUGUGGAAGUUGUGUGCACAGCACCUUCCUCGUCAGAAACCUUCAUUCGUGAACAUUCCAAAGACACUUCUAGAGGAAACAGGAAGUACGAGUGAGGGAGGGGCACCAGCACAUCAUCUAGUGGAAGGGGCUAUUGAAGUUGAAGAUUACCAAGCACUUAGUUCUCGGGAAGAAGCUGAUUUGGAGAAACUGAUGGCUCAGUGUGAGUUUGCCAUCUGUAAUGCUGAAGCUUUCACAGAACAAUUAGCAAAAGAAGUGUCAACUUUAGAUGGAGAAAAUGUUCAUACCAUCAUGGCAUCUGACCAGCGAGUUCAAGGUAUCAUGCAGAUGUUACAGGCAGCAAUUGAUGAAACCACUAGAGUUGAAGAAAGACUUGAUGUUUAUGAUAAUCUUCUAAAGAAUGUUCGUGAUAGUGUUCUUAGAAUGGAAGAAAAAGACACAUUGAUUCAGAUACAGAAUAAAAAUCAUAAAAAACUUUUGGAUGAAUUGGAGAAUAUGGUGAAUCAGCUAGAUCUAUCUCACCAACAUCAAAUGGUUCUGCUAGAUGGUGAUCUCAAGACUCCAGAAGGUGUUGCUGCAGCAGCAGCUGCAGCUAAUGCCCUGCAAAAAGCAAUGAAUGCUCAGAUUCAUCCAAGCUUAAGUAACAUGUCAGCUUUCAAGGAACAGAUGAAGUUGUGUGAAAAACUACGAGCAAAAUUUACAACAAGGCUGGCACAUCAUCUUAAUAAUCUUUUUGUGCACUUAGGAAAUGAAAGAGGUGAGAAUUUGAGUUUUUAUGCAUCAGAAUUGACACUACCAAAACACAUGGCUUGUCAUGGUGAACUGAUGCCGUACACAGAUUUGAUGCACUGGCUGAAAGUGUCUGAUGCCAGUAGUUAUAACCAACUUACAAAGGUAUACACAUGUUCUUUAAGUAAGUUAUAUGAACAAGAAAUCACAUGGUUUUUUGAACAAGCUCGAGAGAAUAUAUCUGGAAAGUUACCAUUGGAAAAGGAUAAAAAAGGUCGACUAACAGGCUCAAGUCAAGAACUAGUGGUCAAACCUUUGGGAAAACCCCGUUCAUCAUCACUGUUAGGUAAUGAUCCUGAACAUUUUGGUUCUGAUCUAGACUUGACAGAGAGAGAAUUAUUUGAUAAACUUACAGAUCGAAUGUUGAGCGUUUUAGAGCCAGUGUGUUUGGCAGAGCAAGAAUUUUGUGUUCAAUUUUUUGGUCUGGCCAGUGACAUUCACCCAUCAUCCACCUGUAAUAGUCAUUUAUCAACACGACCAUCAUUACUAAGUCCAACACAAACACCGUGUGCAACCAGUCUGGUUGGAGCAGAUAAUGAGGAAAUUUUAUCACAGAAAAAAGA